AUGCCUGCUCUCCAAAUCCUGAACUUAUCCAGGACUAGUAUCAAGUCUUUACCAGAGUCCAUUAUCGGAUUGGUUAGCCUCAAAAGACUGUUUUUAAAUGAUUGUCAUCGUUUCUUGAUAUUGUCGCCGAAAGUUGGAGAACUCAAGCAGCUUGAGGUUCUUGAUAUUGACGGGACAGAUAUUAUGGAUUUACCUAAGGAGAUUAAGGAGUUAACUAAUCUCACAUGCUUGGAAGUUUCAUUUUGUGCAUAUCUGAGUAACGGUAGGAGAGCCAUGCAAUCAGAUGUAGUGGUUCCUUGUGGCAUAAUUUCGGCACUGUCCCACUUAGAGGAGUUAAAUAUGAGUGUGAAUCCAGAUGACAAACGAUGGAGUGCAUGUGUGGAAGCUAUUGUUAGUGAAGUAUGUACCUUGGAGAGUUUGAACACUCUUAAAUUCUAUUUUCCAAGAGUGGAACUUGUGUGGCGCUUUCUAUUGAAUAGCUCAAUGUGGUUGCACCCAUCACUGUCACAUUUCAGAUUUACUAUUGGCCAUCAUGUCAAGCGAACUAUGUCUCGACUCCCUCAUGAUGUUGAGUUUGAGCUGGAACGAUGGGAGAGAUGUUUGAAAUACAUAAAUGGUGUGGAUAUUCCCACAGAGAUUAAGGAGGUACUGCAAUAUUCAACAGCAUUUUUCUUGGAACGGCAUGCAACUGUUAAGAAGCUAUCAGAUUUUGGGAUUGGAAAUAUGAAACAACUAAAAUGUUGUGUUGUGGGGGAAUGUAAUGAGGUUGAAGUUAUUAUAGAUGAAACAGAUGCUCGCAAAGAAGACAAUGAAGCAGAUGCUAAUGAAGAUGAUGAUGUAGAUGCUUGGGAAGAAGAUGAUCGCAAUGAAAUUGUAUCUAAAACAUCUGGUGAUAUAAAAAUUGUUCUUGGAUCACUUGAAUACCUCUACAUAUAUUAUAUGAAGAAUCUAGGGAGGAUAUGGGAGGGGCCAGUACAACCAAAGUGUUUAUCUAUUCUGAAGUUCAUGACAUUGCGCACAUGUCCCCAAUUGACCACUAUUUUCACAACAGGUUUACUUGAUAACCUCUAUAAUUUAGAAGAGCUUACAGUUGAAGAUUGCCCCUCCAUUAAAACUUUAGUAAGUUGCAAAAUUUCUACUGAGCCUAAAACCUUUGACUUUCUCCCGAAUUUGAAGAGGAUUUCGCUUCAUUACAUGCCUGGAUUAGUUAGCAUCUCUAGUGGUUUACACAUUGCACCAAGAUUGGAAUCGCUGAGUUUCUAUAAUUGUCCAAAUCUUAAGCACCUGUUGAUUGAGGAAGUAUCCAGUAAAGAUUUAAAGAAGAUCAAGGGUGAGUGGAAUUGGUGGGUAGCACUGAAGUGGAGAAGCGGCCGUCCGAGUUACUUGGAUGACAUUUUUGUUCCAAUCAACAUAUGA